AUGGCCCAACGUGUCCGGUUGCAGCUAUGGUGGACAGUGCUGUUCUCGGUGCAUUGGUUCGCUGAGGGUCAACUGGUCGUCGACAACUCGACUGCUACAGUGGACAAUCGGGUUGGACCGGUGCCAAAACCACCCAUCACUACGCCGGCCACAGUAUGGAAGCGACCACGGAUUGAGUACGAUCGUGAUUUAGUCAUCGAGCUUGUCGAAGCGGCUGAGUAUCCGAUCGAGAAGCACGUCCUCACGACGAAGGAUGGGUACAUUCUGAAGCUGCACCGCAUUCCCGAUCCACACCAGUUCCCCGAAGAAUACGCCAGUGAUCCUGCCCCGAGUGACGGUGACAAUCUGUUACGCUUUGGCCCAACGAAAGCAUUCCGUGGGGUGGUGCUGCUGGUUCCGGGGGCUUUCUCGACGGCUGCCGAUUUCGUUGUGAUCGGACCGGAGAAUGGGCUCGCCUACGUACUGGCCGAUGCCGGUUACGAUGUGUGGAUGGCGAACGUGCGUGGUUCGCGGUUCGCGCGCAAGAACGUACAGCUAACCGUGGCACAGAGCGAGUUCUGGGAUUUCAGCUUCCACGAAAUCGGAACGAUCGACAUCGCCGCCAUCAUCGACUACAUCCUGCUGGAGACGAACGUGCCGCGGAUCUUCUACAUCGGCCACAACCAGGGUAUGACGGCACUGUUCACUCUGCUGUCGACGAAGCCCCGCUACAACCGCAAACUGCACCACGCCAUCGGUCUGGCUUCGAUCGCGUACCUAGGCACCACGGAUAAUCGCGUGUUGCGGCGCGCGGCCGAACUCACUGAUCGUAUCUACGCCACACUGCGGUCACUAAACGUACACGAAAUCAAACCGACGCCCGACAUCAUCCGGCUACUCAGCGGAGCGGUGUGUUCCGGCGAAACGAACGAUAUGUGCGCGGUUGCGUUGCGCGGCUUACUGGGGACGACUGUGGAUCGUUCGCGCGCGUUGCUACCAGUGAUCGUGGACGACCUGUGGUGCAGCAUCUCCACGCGCCAACUUAUCCACUUUGGGCAGCUCAUGCAAACAAGAAAAUUCCAACAAUUCGACUACCGAAACUACAUGCUCAACACGAAACAGUACGGGCAAGCGAAGCCACCAGAGUACAAUCUGUCCCGCGUGAUGGUACCGGUAUCGCUUUUUCACGGAUCGAAAGAUUUUAUCACUUCCACCAAGGAUGCGAUGAGGUUAAAAAACGAGCUGCGAAAUGUGAAAAACUUCAUCGAAAUCCCCAACAUGAACCAUAUCGAUUUCGUGUACUCCAACCAGCUGUACGGUCAGGUGACGAGGAGGAUAAUUGAAAUAUUUAAACAGCAGUAA